UAAUGGUAGUUUUGACUCAUUGGUGACAUAUCAGUGUAAAACAUGAACUGGGAGUUGUCUGAUAAGAUAAAACUUUUUUUUUUUUUUUUUGGAGUUUAGAGUUAAUAACAAGAAUGCGUCCUAAUCGUUAAAAUAUGUAUGUAAAUUAUUUGAGAUGCAAAAUAAAGUCUUCUGAAACUGGAUUAAUACAUAUUUUAUUAAAUAAAAGAAAUAUCUCAGAUAGCAGAAAUAAAAUAUUUUCUUUACUUUGUUGUAAUCGUGUAAUAUAUAUACAUUUUUUUUUCCAAAAAUAAAAUAAAAUAAAAGUGCAAAUAAUAUCCGGGUGAAGAGACACCGCCGAUGCCAUGUUUGUUUGAGCGCCUCCGUGCCUGGUUGGUCUGUCUCUCGGUUGAAGGAAGCUGGUCCGCCCGGCUGUCUGUGGGAGCGGUGCGGAGGGGGACGGGACGCGGAGAGCUACAGGCUAGUGGUGUGCAUGGACGGACGUAUCGCUACGACCACGACGGCUUCCUAAACACCUUAAAAACCAACGCUGCAAUGUGCGCACACUUACCUUAGCGCCGGUUCCGAGUCAUACCCAGAUUGAACAAUGUGAUUGCGAUCGGAGGCAGCAGCGCUCCAAUGGUCCAAGACCACACCACCCUUCACUAGAAUGUACUUGAUGAACGUACCUCCUGUCGCAGCGACGCAAACGGAAUGGAGAGCGUGUGGCCCACCUGGAGGCUAUAGCCUUCCAGUUUGCUUCAAUGACUCUGACACAGAGUUGUCCACCAGAGGCGCACCUAUCUCAGACAAGGUCCAGAUGAUCAUAGAGAGCCUCAGGAGCACCCAGUCCUCACUCGAGAUGGGCGAUGAGAUCGAGGGAAAGGGGCUGUCGGGACAGGAAGGCCACCCCCAGGUCUGCAACUUCGCAGUGGGUUCUUACGUCGGGGCCAAGUCCGAAACUAAAAGCCCCGCUGAGAACAGGCAGGCGCAUGUUUCCUCCUCAAACAACCACGAGAGCAGUGACUCUGAUAGCGAUGACUCUGUGGACCGAGGAAUUGAGGAGGCGAUACUGGAGUACCUGAAAGAGAAAGACGAUCACAAACGCAAGGCGGAGCCGUGCCCCGCUUUCCUCCCGUCGCCCAAAAUUCCCAGAAAAGGUCCGUCUGUUCCGGAGGUUUCCAGGCAGAACUCCGACAGCAGCGCGUUCUUGAUUGCCAGUAGCCAGUUCGUCAAAGCGGAACCCACCGCAACACCAGCCACCAUACCUAUAAAAAAGUACAUCAAAAACAAAGCCUCCCUAAGCGAAAACGCAUCUAAGAACUUUGACUCCAAUAAAAACACUACUGAAAGUUUAGUCUGUGCGAAAGAACAGACGAAGGCCCCCUUGAAAACGUUGAGCCUCUUCAACAAAGCCGUCAAGUUCCCGGUGAAAGUGAAGGUGGAGGAAGACUCGAAUGAUUCCAGCAGUGAUGACGGCAUCGAAGAGGCGAUUCAAAGAUACCAGCUGGAGAAGAAGGAGCUGCAGAACAAAAGGGAACCUUUCCCUCCUCUCGCGUUCGAAGAGGAGUCCGACUCCACCAGCGAUGACGGGAUAGAGGAAGCUAUUCGCUGCUACCAGCUGGAGCAACUCAAGGAGAAGAGCGCUGUGAAACCAUUCCUACACAAGCAGAAACCCUUCAGCAAGUCCUUAAUGCAUGCUGUUGGGAGUGCAAGCACGGACAACAUGAAGAAACACAAACUGAAGAAAAAACGAGGCAGAGCAGAUAAAGAAGGGAAAUCUCUUCAACCUCCUCCUUCAUCUGUUUUUGUCCAGAAGAGUGUGCUUUCAGACUGCUCCAGAGGCAAAGGAAACGGACUACAUUCGAUUAAAGUCGAAAGCGCCGAGGAGCAGCCGGUCCCGGCUCCCCCAAAGGUCAACACCACCGCCGAACUCAUGUGUGCUGAGGCAAUACUGGACAUCUCAAAAACCGUCAUGCCCAGCGUCUUCCCCCACGCCGUCGGACUCGGCAGUUGCACCACCACCGAAUCUUCCUUGCAGUCCUCUCCGCCCGGCAACUGCCCCAACGAAGAAAGCAACGACAGCUCCAUCGACAGCGAGGACGGCAUCGAGCAGGAGAUCAGGAAAUUUCUCGAGCAGAAGGCCCAGUUGCACAAACAGCCGACCCAGGAACCUCCCUCCGCACAUGAACCGGAGAAAGUCAAAGCGAAAGACGUCGCGAUCCAAAAGAAACCAUUAAAAACGUCAAUAACGCAGAGGAGGAGACACAAAGAGGAAAAACGCGGCGUUUCCAACCUGUCAGGGAUGGAUGACGCUGUUAAGGAAACGGCCACCGCGCCUUUGCCUGAGCAUUCGAAAGAAUCAAACUCCUCGGCGUGUUCCCAGAGAAGUCUCGCACAUGCAGCCGCCGGAUUGCGCAAGACAGACCAAAGCGGAGACAAAAGCAGCUCGCUCGACAGCGAUGAGGACCUAGACACGGCGAUAAAAGACCUGCUCAAGACGAAAAAGAAGUCGAAGAAAAAGACACGAGACUUGAAGCGGAAGCCGAGGAAGCGCCUGAGGGAUGAAGAGCCGCUGUUGGGGAAUGCUUUACAGACCAAAAAGUUAAAGCCAGAUCCUGUUUCCAAGGGUAGCGCUUUGAAAAAAGUACAAAAGAGCAAGACUGACAUUAGAGACAAGUCUGCGUCGAGUAAAAACAGCGUCCCGCGGCAAAUGUACACGAGUAAAUGCGUGGAACACGAAAUGCAUGAAGGUGAAACGGACAGACUGAAGGGGACUCAGGGUCAAGGCCUCACGUUGCUGCACAACAUCCAAGCUGCUCCCGACCUAAAGGAAGACAGCAGCUCGGUGGACAGCGACGACAGCAUCGAGCAAGAGAUCCGAAGGUUUCUCGCCGAGAAGGCGAAAGUUUCCACGGCGGAGAAGGGCAAAGAUGGAGACGCGUCGCAAAACGGUACCGCCGCGGUUUGUACACUACUCAAAAAUGAAGACGUUAAACAGGAAAUUCAGCUGGCUGAGAUUCCGAGGAAAAGCGUCGGUCCUCUUUCCGGACUGCCUCCGCUCAGUAGCGCAGCUCAGGAUGGGCCACAGGGUUCGCCGCGAGACGUUUCUGCCGUCGGCGCACAAUCGCACCUGCCGUCGGUCCGGUCGCGCAGCCCCAGUCUUUUGGAGCCGGCCGACGGGGCCGGGGCUGGGGCAGGGGCGGCCAGAGGCGAGCAAAGGAGGCCCGUCCACGACGUCACCCCGAAGGUGGAGAAACCCCAGCCGGAUCUGAGCCCCAACGCCGCUCACUCUCGCACGAAUCAGUCAAUCAAGUGGCGCCAGAGCCUGGGGCUCCCCAUCCGCGACACGAGGGCCGUCAAUCGGACUUCAUUCCACAUCACGUCGUCCCAAGUCACCGAGACCCCAUCGGCGGCCACGCCGUAUCAGUGCGGGGGCCUCAAGCUGCAGAACGUUUGGUCCUCCGCAAGGACCACCAGCAGAGCACCUUUGCCCUCCUCCGCAGAGAACGCUGCAAACGCCACGUUAAGAUCCCCCGUUCUGAGCAUUUUUUCUACUGCCAAGCAGCGUCAGAGGAUGUCCUUCACACGGGGCCUCACGCCCGGACACAGGUCCCAGUGCUCCAUAGAGGGAGAGCGGGAGAGCACGGUGCAUAUCUCCAAGGACAAGAGCGUGUUUGUUGAACUGGAGUCUAACAGGACCAACCACGUCCAGGUUCAAAGCAGGGAAAGGAGCCAGGGAAAGGAGAGAGUGGAAGGCGAGGGCGUGAAGAUAGAGAGCAGAGAAGUGCACGUAGGAAGGAGAGAGGAAGAGUUUGUAGAUGAGACAGAUUGUGAAUCAGACCGCGGGAGCUAUCCAGAAAAGAAGCAGGGCUUUUCCACAUUGUCUUUGUCCACUGCCAUUGACCCCGGCAUCAACAUCAGCCCUUGCAUAGCUCUCAGCACAGAGGAGAGAAUCAGGAUGUUCAACAGGAAGUACCAGCGAGAUGAAAAAUGCAAGAAGGGAUCUCUUCUUGUGCGCAAGAAGGCUUUGCAGUGUGUCAAAAGGAAGCUGCAGUUUGUUUCAGUGACCAGAUGAGUCGAAGCAGCCAGACAGAGCAGCGGGAAAGUAUUCAGAGUUCAGUUCAGUUGGUUGUUCAGUGAUUAUUUGUUCCUUACUCUGUCUAUCCUUUCAGUAAUUCUGAAUUUAUUUAACAUGAGGUUAGAUGUUGUAAUUGCACAUUAACAUACUUUGUGUUAAUGUAUAACUUCAUGUAAAAAUCGUUCUGGUAAUAAUGUGAGUUAGACAAAUUUUGAAAUCGUCAGAGUUGACAAAGUUCAGUUGUGUUGCCAGUAAAGGCCGUGUAUUCUCUUAUAUUCUCUCCAGGUUGCACAAAAACUACAUUCCCUAUUCAUUUCCUCUGCAUUGUCCAGGAAAUAUGAAGUUGUUUUUUGGAAAUUUAAUUUGUAUUUCUAAAAUAUGUGUUCUACCUCAGAUUUUUGUCUUAAAGUGAAGGCGUAAUGUUCUCGCAGACGCUUUUUUGUUUUUGCGUUUGAUAACACUCGUUUUGUUUGCCUUUCGAAGGUGUUAGGUUAAAAAUAAAAUAAAAUGUUGCAUUCUGGG